CCAACAAUCUAGGUUUUAACAGGUGAGGUAAAAAGACCCCCUUUCAGGCCACUACAAUAAACUCACUAAGUCACAAUACAACAUUACUCACACCUAAAUCUCAAUUUCAAUUCAAUUCCCUUCUGUAUCGCACUCCUUUACGCUUCCAUCUUUCUCUCCAUCCAUGGCUGCAAGGGACGACCCUAUUUCACAUUUCACCCCUUCCUCAAGCCCUAUAGUGUUAGAUUCCGGCGUGCUCUCGCCGGAUUCCGGCCAGAACUUGGGCGGAAGCUUGCCGAACGAUGGGGUUUUGGCCGGAGAAAACGGAAACGACAGCGAGUAUGGGUUUUUCCGGCCUGAAUUUCGGCAAAACCCACUGGUCGGGACUAUUGAUUUCUACGAGAGACACGUUUUCCUUUGCUAUAAGGGGCCACACGUGUGGCCUGCACAUAUUGUAGCUGCUGAGUUUGAUAGGGUUCCUAGGCUUCUUGCUGCUGCUUUAGCUGCCAAGAAAACAGAGGUCAAGAGAAAGACUCGCUUAACUAUAUGCGAGGGGCGUGAUGGAACUGAAACAUCAAAUGGUGAUGUUUUGAUCUUUCCAGACAUGAUUAGAUACAGGAAACUGACUCAUUUUGAUGUCGACACAUUUGUCGAAGAAGUGCUCGUAAAAGAAACAGAAUGGCUUCCUGGAACACCUGAAAAAUUAAGCAGCUCUUAUGUAUUUGUAUGCGCUCAUGGAAGUCGUGAUAAGAGAUGUGGUGUUUGUGGCCCCCCUCUGGUCAAGAAGUUUAAGGAAGAGAUUGAGGCACGUGGCAUGAGCAGUCUUGUAUCAGUUAGCCCUUGCUCACACAUUGGGGGUCAUAAAUAUGCUGGAAACGUAAUCAUAUUUGUUCCAAAUAAUGCUGGGGAAGUAACAGGUCACUGGUAUGGGUAUGUUAGUCCAGAAGAUGUUCCCAUCCUGCUUGAUCAGCAUAUUGGAAAAGGAGAAAUAGUAGAUCAGCUCUGGAGGGGUCAGAUGGGUCUAUCUGCGGAGGAUCAGAAAAAAGCCCAAGAUCUCAGGCUUCAAAUUAACGGCAAGACUGAAACCACAGAUGAAAUUGAGGGGGAAAAUCUAGAGAGAGAAACUAAACCGGAAGAACAAAUGAAUGGGUCCCAACUCGAACCUGUUGUGGGUUGUUGUCAGGGUGAGGGUAGUGGCUCUUCGUGUUGUCAAGAUGUGGGCCAAGAGGAACAGCCCAAAGAUCUGAAAGCUGAAGAAGUGGGUCCUACAAAGGUGAAGGCAAACGGUGCGGGUCCUACAAAGGUGAAGGCAAAGGGUGCUUGUUCGAGGAAGAUUUGCGUUAUGCCAUCGUGGUUUGAGAGUUGGGAACGAGAGGACACCUAUGCGGUGCUCGCUGUCAUUGGGGCAGCAGCUUCUGUUGCCCUCGCUUAUCAAUGCUACAGGAGGUUGAAUUGAUGUUGGAUGGGUCUUUGUCCCUUCUUUCUUGUUGCCCACAUCCUCUCUCUCUCUGUCUUCCCCCCUCCCUCCCCUAUCUUUGUCUACUUGUUCAUCUUGCCUUCUCUCGCUUGCAUUGGUGCCAUUUGUGCCCUCUGUCUACGUAAGUAUUGUGCCUGUGUAUGCUCAUGCAUGCCUUUUCUUUUUGGUCCAUGCGCGUGUUCUCUGUUGCAUUCUUACGUGUUUGUUCAUUUGCUCCUUUAUUUCUUGACAUAGCCCAUAUACCCUGCAAUAAUAUUAGAUAUCAUUACCCCAGAUUUCUUGCUUACUAGUGCUGAAUUUCCUUUUCUGGCUCCCCCUCUCUGUUCUUGUGGUGGUUUGGGAUGUGUAAGUGACUCCAUAGUGAAGGAUUUGAAGGGAGGGUAUGGGGCCAUGGAGAUUUUGCAAGAAGAUCUCACUCUUGGAGUUUUCUGGACAUAUGUGCAGUUUCAAGAAUAAAACAGGUGCAUUCAUGUAGAUCUGCUUUAUCAUUACGAGUCUAUUACUAACUGAAUGCUAAUCCUAACUUUUUGUUCACUUUUAUGAGAAAUAGUUUGCCUAGAAAUAUUUUUUGGAUA